CAUUUUGAGGAUUUCACAUCCGAAUUUGAAUCCCCACCCGUUUAGCAAAUAAAAAAAAUCCCAAAAGCCCAAGGGCCCGAAUUGGCAGCCCAACGACGGCGACGGCGGCGGCGACGACGACGGCGAUGGCGGCGGCGGCGGUAACGGUCAAGCUCGGAGGGUGGAGUAGUUACUGUUACUGCCCUACCACCACGAGGAGGAGCAAACCGGCGGCGGUGAAGAUGAUGAUGGCGCUUUGCCCUACCAGCUUCCGGAUCGAAUUGCCUCGACGAACCAUUCGGGCUGCCAUACUGAACAAGAGACACACCGUUCCUUGCUACCAGAGGCAAGAAGGAGCUUCAUCUCCAGCUCCGCAGAUCGAAGCCAAGUCAAUGGAGGAGGUAUAUGAUGCUUUGGCUGAGCACCUUUUUUCUGUUUUGAAGAACAUUGAACAUCUUGACUCAAAAUACAUUGUUGGUAUAGCUGGACCACCUGGCGCGGGAAAGUCUACAGUUGCUUCCGAAGUUGUUCAACGUGUUAAUAAACGCUGGUCCCAGAAGCACGAGAAUGGUAGUUCACUUAUUUCAACCGAAGAAAUUGCCACGAUGCUUCCCAUGGAUGGUUUCCACCUUUAUCGGUCCCAACUAGAUGCAAUGGAGGAUCCAAAAGAAGCACAUGCAAGAAGAGGAGCACCAUGGACAUUCGAUCCAUCCCGGUUUUUGAAAUGCCUACAGACCCUGAGAGAAGAGGGUUCAGUUUAUGCUCCAUCAUUUGAUCAUGGUGUUGGUGAUCCAGUUGAAAAUGACAUAUUUGUAAAGCCGCAACACAAAAUAGUGAUUGUCGAAGGCAAUUAUCUAUUACUGGAAGAAGAUGCCUGGAGGGACAUUAGAGCCUUGUUUGAUGAAAAAUGGUUUAUCGAUAUUGACAUUGAUGUCUCCAUGCAAAGAGUGCUCCAGAGACAUGUCGCCACAGGAAAAGAGCCAGAUGUAGCAGCAUGGCGGAUCUCGUAUAAUGACCGGCCAAACGCAGAGCUUAUCAUGAAGUCAAAAAAGUCUGCAGAUCUUGUAAUCAGAUCGGUGGAUUUGUCAAGAUAAGAGUCCAUGUCUUCAAUUGCUGAUUAGAUAUCUGCUCUAAUAAUGUUCAGAGAAAGACACUACCAAUGGUUGUUUCCAUGGAGAUCUUUGUACAUAUAAUAAGCUCAAUGCAUCUCUCCAUGGUGAUUUUUGUAGAUCAAAUAAACUUAUCCCCAACCAGUUUGGUUGUACAGUCGAUGAUGAAUAACUUAUU